AUGCGAGCAGAGGAGAGGAGAGGAGAGGAGAGUGAUGCCGUAAAAAUGAAACUCCUCAGCACUAAUUUCCCCAUCCCCUCUACAGGAGAAGAUGGAGUGCGACCCUCUACGUCACCGUGCACACAGAGAGCGGAUUAACACGCGUUUCACCUCUGAGUGACAGAAACUGCAGUGUACGCGACACUUUUUUUUUUUUAGUAGAAAAGCGACAAUAUUGAGGUCAGAGGAAAAGCGUUGCCAGGGCGACCAGCUUUGCGCGCCGGGGACCGGAGCUUGCGUGCCCUGCGAGGUUGCGUGCGUACGUGCGCGGUCACGCCAACCACACAGCGGCAGCGGCAGCAGCAGCAGAGGCAGCAUCUUCUGACGAGACUACCCCGGACCCACACUGAACAAGUCCACGUCCACGACCUACAGCCAGUCGAGGCUUGAACCAGGAGCGGCUGUGUCGGGGAGUUCUCCUUUUGGGGAGGGGGAUUUACUGAGGAUUUAUCGACGACGUCCCAGAAAAAUAAAAAAAAAAGCUCAAAAAACUGAGUAGCUGCGGUCAUUCAUUGGUCAACACAGAUGACACUUCCCCGGCUGUCAAAUUUAACCGAGACCCCGCAGAGCUGUCCGGGUUAUCGGGGGUCAUUUUUUGCCGUUUUUGAGGCGUCGUUGAAAAAGACCCCCCUUUCCUGAGGUAAAAACGGACUGUCAGCUGUGAAAUUAAUUAAUUAAUCUUGCCGUGCUGGAGAAUACAGGGACUGAGCUGCUCGGACAGGGAGUCAUGCUAUAUCCUGCUGUAUUUGCUGUGUGAUGCAGUAGAGCAGCCUUUAUUUUAUUUUUUCUGUCAUCGUCUCCAGUCAUGAAGUACCACCUGCCGGCCUGCUUGGAUUGAACGAGGCUCCAGUUGUUUUUUGUGUGUUUUUUUUGUUUGUAUUGUUUUUUCUUAACCAAGCACUUUUUGCUCGCUUGGCAUAUACCUCUGCUGGAGGAAAGGUUUUUGUGAAGAGGAGGACGAAAUCUCUUGACAAAACAAUUGGUGGGAAUCUGGCUCCCAACCAGCCCCGAGCAUCACAAAUUAACAGUAUUCAUUGGCUGAUCAAAUCAAAUGAUCUGCAUUAUAGAGGACCCACAGGGAUGGAACGCAACAGAACCAUGGCUUGGGAAGCGUUUCUUUGGGAUUGCUGUUGCUGAGAGUCAACACUGAGAUCUGGCACCGUGGUCCGUCCUCCUCGUCCAGCACCCGUAGGACCCUCUCUUCUCCUAGCAACUGCUUUACCCUUCAUCUCACCUUCACUCAGCACCUCCUGGUCUUAUCGAACCUGGUUCUGUUGAUGUUUUAGUACCCUAUUGGAUGAAAUCCCGUCCGUUUUAAAAAGACACAACUUCGAUACUCCAAGCUGGAAGCAGCUGGCUGAACAUGAAUCCAGUUAUGAACUCUCUACCACUCGCCCGAAGUAAACAAAGUCGGCGGGGUAUUUUGCCCAGGACACGCCCCCUUAGUCUCAUGACAGACUGGUGCCUAAUGGGUGUACUAAGCCUCAUCUUGCUCUUCAGCCUGGCCUCCAGCCAGAAAAUGGACCCUUCCAAAAACCCCAUAGUCACCACCAACUAUGGCAAGAUCCGAGGCAUUAAGAAGGACUUAAACAAUGAGAUCCUUGGCCCUGUGGAGCAGUACCUCGGUGUCCCUUACGCCACAGCGCCCAUUGGGGACCGGCGCUUUCAGCCACCCGAGGCCCCGGGAUCCUGGCAGGAGAUCCGUAAUGCCACCCAGUUUGCCCCGGUGUGCCCGCAGAACGUCCAUGGCGUGCUCCCAGAGAUUAUGCUUCCAGUGUGGUUCACCGACAACCUGGACGUUGCGGCGGGUUACAUCCAGAACCAGAGUGAGGACUGCCUCUACCUCAAUGUCUACGUGCCCACAGAGGACGGUCCGCUCACAAAAAAAACUGAUGAAUCUUCAAUGAACAAGCCUCGAGACGAAGAUAUUCGCGACCGCAGGAAGAAGCCGGUGAUGUUGUUUAUUCAUGGAGGCUCCUACAUGGAAGGCACCGGCAACAUGUUUGAUGCCAGCGUCCUGGCCGCCUACGGCAAUGUGAUCGUUGUGACCAUGAACUACCGGCUUGGCGUGCUCGGCUUCCUCAGUACCGGUGAUCAGUCGGCCAAGGGGAACUACGGCCUGUUGGACCAGAUUCAGGCUCUGCGUUGGCUCAACGAGAACAUCGGCCACUUCGGUGGAGACCCAGAGAGGAUCACCAUCUUCGGCUCGGGAGCUGGGGCAUCGUGCGUCAACCUCCUCAUCCUCUCACACCACUCAGAAGGUCUGUUCCACAGAGCUAUAGCCCAGAGUGGGACUGCCAUCUCCAGCUGGUCUGUUAACUACCAGCCACUCAAAUACACAAAGAUCCUCGCCCGAAAGGUGGGCUGCACCUACACAGAGACAGCCGACCUGGUCGACUGCCUGAGACGCAAGAACUUCAGGGAGCUGGUGGACCAGGACAUCCAGCCGGCUCGCUACCACAUCGCGUUUGGACCUGUGGUGGAUGGAGACGUGGUGCCUGACGAUCCAGAGAUCCUCAUGCAACAGGGGGAGUUCCUCAACUAUGACAUCCUAAUAGGAGUCAACCAAGGAGAGGGGUUGAAGUUUGUGGAUGACAGCGAGGACAACGACGGCAUCUCAGCUGCAGCAUUCGACUACACCAUCUCUAACUUUGUGGACAACCUGUAUGGCUACCCUGAGGGCAAAGACAUCCUGAGGGAGACCAUUAAAUUCAUGUACACAGACUGGGCAGACAGGGACAAUGGGGACAUGCGAAGGAAGACCCUCUUAGCUCUGUUUACAGACCACCAAUGGGUGGCGCCGGCAGUGGCCACCGCCAAGCUCCACGCUGAGUUUCAGUCCCCGGUUUACUUUUACACCUUCUACCACCACUGUCAGACCGAGACACGCCCUGAGUGGGCUGAUGCCGCCCAUGGAGACGAGAUACCGUAUGUGUUUGGCGUGCCCAUGAUCGGUGCCACUGACUUGUUCCCGUGCAACUUCUCAAAGAAUGACGUGAUGUUGAGCGCCGUGGUCAUGACUUACUGGACCAACUUUGCCAAGACUGGGGAUCCAAACCUGCCAGUCCCUCAGGACACCAAGUUCAUUCACACAAAGCCCAACCGCUUUGAAGAGGUCAUCUGGACCAAGUUCAACUCCAAGGACAAGCAGUACCUCCACAUCGGCUUAAAACCUCGUGUUAGAGACAACUACAGGGCCAACAAAGUGGCCUUCUGGCUGGAAUUAGUUCCCCACCUCCAUAGUCUACAUGAGGAGCUCUUCCCCACCACUACUCGCUCCCCAUCAGGCCCAGGCCCAGGAACCCACAGACCCUGGCUCAGAACACCUGGUCCUCGCACAACCCGUCACCCUUACCCCACUUUCCCCUCCGAUCCGGAGCCCGAGGGUUCAGAGCGUCCGCACCAGGACCUCUUCCCAGGAGACACCCGGGACUACUCCACUGAGCUGAGUGUGACGGUCGCUGUCGGGGCAUCGCUCCUCUUCCUCAACAUUUUGGCCUUUGCCGCACUUUACUACAAGCGUGACAAGCGACAUGAGAUGCGACGUCACCGGCUGUCUCCCACACGAGGCGGCCCUGCCAACGACCUGGCGCACAGUCAGGAGGAGGAGAUCAUGUCCCUGCAGAUGAAGCACUCGGAGCACGACGCCCACCACGACAUGGAGCCGCUCCGGCCCCAUGACAUCCUUCGGCCCGCCUGCCCGCCUGACUACACCCUGGCUUUGCGCCGUGCCCCGGAUGAUGUACCACUGAUGACACCUAACACCAUCACCAUGAUCCCCAGCACCAUCACCAGCAUGCAACCCCUCCAUGCCUUCAACACAUUCCCUUCCACCGGCCACAACAACACCCUGCCCCACCCCCACUCGACCACCAGGGUAUAGUAGGGACUGGCCCAACACAGUGCCACCUAAGGACCAGGAGAACUGGCUCUGAUCUAGAAGUGAGGCCUCUGGAGGUGGGCCUUUUUUUUCUGUACUCUUCUUCUUUUGUUUCUCCAAAAAGAACUCCACUUCCUUCAUCAUGUGCUGUCAAACUUAGCAGCUCCACCGGUGGUGUGUGGAGAAGUGAACUGAACUGCACGACAGCACAUGAUCCGUUUGGGGCUGAUUUAGAUCUUUCAAAGAUACUUUUUUCAAAGGUCUGCGGCUUCCAGACUAAAGCCCUCUAACAUUUGUCAAAGGGACGGAUGCUAUUCGCCUCUUGCUGUUUUCCCUUUUUUACUUUGCCGUCUUCUCUUUUUUCACUCCCUUGUGUGUUAUGUGCAUAUAUCCUUCUCUUUUCUACAUCUGUGUCUUAUCUCGGCUUUGUUGCUCUCAUCUGACAUGUGACUCUCUCCCUUUGCUCUGAGGAAAUAUAAACUACCGAGCUGUAGAAGGCCUUCUGGGUACAUAGGGUGCAUACAGUUAUCAUAUACCUAUGAAAACACUGACCAGCAUUCUUGGUGCCAAGUAUGUACUACUGUGUUUCCGUUCUCAUUGACAGAGAAAACAACCUAGAGAAGAUUCUACAGUGUCCCUAUUUACUCUCAAUUUACAGAUGCUGUGUGUUCUCAUGACAAAGUGCCAAACUGGCCCUCGAUUGUGUUUUCAGUUUUUCAUCUUCUGUUUAUUUUUUCAGGCAUUUGUUUAAUUGUUGUUUUCUUGUGGAAAGAUUUUUUUUGCUGAAAAUAUAGAUAUAGAGAAAUGAUAUUAUAUAUAGUUAUAUAUAAAUGUGUACAAAGGAGAAAGUAUAUAAAUGGGUUUUUCUCAGUGGGGAUCUAUGCAUGAAUUAUUUUUAAAGGUGAUGAUGGGGGAAAGGACACUGUAUCUGUCAAUGCACGUUUCCCAAAUCUAAUCAAAUCACAUCGGUCCAGUCUGGAUGUUUUGUUUUUUAUUUUAUGUCACACGGGACAAUAACGCCACACAAAAAUUCUUGUAAUAACCAAACAAAUCCUCGGCUCUACACCCAUUUGUUAAAAAAAAAGUCAUUGCCAUGAAUCUCAAAAGACGUUGGGGUCAAAACAACAACUGUGAACACACUCCUCUAUUCAUUUUCUCCAUGCUGUUUGUAAGCCGUUUUUUCUCCCAUCAGGGAAUGCAGCACGCCAACAGGAAGCCCUUCAUCCUACAGUAAACACUUUCUUUUGCGUCUGCAUUAGAGAUGAUUGUUUUUUAGGGUAUGUGAGGAACCAAAUCUGUUGUUGUAGCCCGCCUGUUCAGAAUUAUUUUUGUAUUUCAGUGAUGCUGACGAACAAAGCAGAGACUGGCAGCCCCUGCUCUUUUACACACACCUUCCUCCUCCUGUCUGCACCCCUAUUUCAAGCCCGAGCAUAUGUUGUGUGCGUGUGAGAGAAUGUGUGUAAAUGUGUGUGCAUGUGUGUAGACCCGCGGGGCCCUAAUUAGAAAGCAACAAGAUAGACAGGCAGACAGGUACGAUCACAUUCAUGGUAAAAACUUAGACUCCAAAAAGAGCUCUGUAUCCAAGCACCCUGCACUGUUACAACAUCACUCACUCGCUCUCUUUUCCCCCUCCAUCAGUACACUUACUGUGUAUUAAAGGUGACACCCAUAUAGUACUGAUCACCCAUACCGCCCCUGCUCCCCCACAAAACCACAGAACACCUGACUUCACAGUGUCAGCACUGCUCUACACAAUUUCUGACCUCAGUUGGGCUUUGCUUUUAUCCUCACAUUCAUGGGUUAGCUCACUAAGCUAGUAGCUUUUUGUGAGCUCCUCAGUUGUAAAUUAAACUCUAAGCACACCGAGGGUAACCUGUGGACCUUCACGGCUUGCGGCGCAGGGCUGCAAAAUGAAAAAGGGGACUUGGAUUUCCUUAACAGGGUAAAAGCAACACAGCAGCAACUGCUGUUACUGAUUCUGCUCAUAAAUGUGCAGGCCUACAGCUCAGUUAUGUCCCCCUCUGAGUCCCCACUAUGGAUCUAAAAACGUGGGUCAUGGGUAAAACCUGAUACAUUAUGUUAACUGAACUGAGGUGCUGUUGUUUGAGCCCACAGGAACACAUAGUAGCUGACAUCCAGUCUGGGAGAAGUUAGUCACCGGUGCUGUCUUUGCUUGUGCUCUAGCUUUAGCCUGUUUGUUUGUUUUCUAUUUUAUUACUGCCUAACAGGGUGGAGGGGGAGCGUUGGAAAGGGAGAUGCAUACCUGGCUGCUCCUGUCAGAGGUUUUGUACGACCUCUCAAAGUGAAAUGUGCACAAUGUAGAACACAAAAAGACUGACUUGGGUGUGCUACAGGUGGAUGGAACAGAUGAUGGACGGUAGCGCAAGGGAAGGGGCACGCUGUGGAAAACAGACUCUGGGAGGAGACUGGGAAAAGACUCAGCCUUAAAUGUUGAAAUCAAAAGAGAGGACAAAUAAGGACAUUCAAAGGCAUAGUCGUCUUUAUACCCACAAUGUUUGCCAGGAGGAUACCUUGCUGGUCUGUUCAGAGGAUCUGAUCAGAUCCAUGUGAACCCUUUUGUACUCACGCCUGUGCAUCAGGAGGCAAUGAGGGACUGUGAAGAAACCUCACAACAACUCAGCCACAACCACACCACUGGAGGUAAGAAACAAGGUAUUCAGUUUGGUCUGGUAUUUUUCCUCGUCUAUUUUAUAAACUACCACUAGAGGGAGCCAGUGUGUGACAGAUUCGCUGCAGUCUUGCACACUCUUGGGGAACUGGAGAUGAGAAGAAAAAAUACCAAACUGGGUGGCUGAAAAGAGACAGAUACACAACAUCUGGAGGAGGAUCAAAACUGUACAUUUUUAAGUGUAAGAAUCAAACAGACAAAAUAUUUGUAAAUAUUAAGUUUCUUGUUUGUUUUUCUUUUUUUUCUUUUUUGAGUGAAUGAAUGAAAUGCUUUUUGUGACAACAACAGACAACAGGUGCAGUUUGCCAAAGUGAUGACCAUUUGCUUGAGGAUUUAAAUUCAUUGUUGAAGAAAAACUGCUUACCUUUUAAAACUUGCCAUGACAUGAACAAAUGAUUUGAUCUUGUUCUCGUGUCCAUUUAUACAUGUGCAUUCUGUAGCACCAUUUAACCAGGAAGGUCACUGUAGCACAUUCAUCUCCCCUUAUCAGAUGCAGUUAGCAUUUGCUAGUUUCCACAGUGUUUUACCUGAGCCAACUAUACUAUAACAUGUCAAAAUAUAAAAUAUAUCAUGAAUCAAGCACCAGAGGAGGUUUGUGACCCUGUAUAAACCAGCUCUCUCAGAACGCUCCGUUUUGGUGUGUGUGUCUCUUUAAAUACAAUAAGCCCCCGCCCUCCCCCUCCCCUGAGUUUU